AUUAAAUUAGAGGACCUCACGGCCAGCAGGAGGGAGACGGCCACAGGACGGAGGCAAGAGGGAGGCACGAGAGGCUGUCUGGUCGGCGUUCACUUCAACUUUUUGUGCCAGAUUAAAAGGUGUUGGGGUUCUGUUUUUUUUAUUAUUCCCAAACGCUGGACAUGGAGGUGCUGCGGUGCGUUUUUCUCCUGGCCGCCGCCUGCUUUUUGGACAGAGCUGACGGACGCAAAACAUAUGCUGACAUGUUCCCACACAAGCACUCCAUGGUGGGGAAGUUCCCCUUUCCAAUCCCCCCCAUCCCCGGCUGGGACCCUGACACUAACCCGUGGGAUGAUUACCUCUACCCACCGUUCGGCCCUAAACCAGGGCAGCUCAUGCGUCACAGAGGUAAACCGAAGGUCCGCCUGAACAGCGACAGUCCAGCUCUCAACGGCUCGUGCAUCUCCUUCACGGCCAAGCUGGAGUAUCCUCCGUGCCAGAAGGAGGAUGCCAACGGGGACCUGGUCUGGGACGAGCACUGCGAGGAUGGUAUGGAGCUGGAGGCCUCAGCCAAUGGGCAGGUCCGCUCGGGCUACGUGUACAACUGGACUUCCUGGUUGGACGACUACGGCUUUGGGAAGUGCACAGACACGGCCAAGUGCAACGUGUUCCCCGACGGGAAGCCCUUCCCCCAGAGCAACGACUGGAGGCGCAAGAGUUACGUCUACGUCUGGCACGCCAUGGGUCAGUACUUUGAGACGUGCGACGGCUCUUCUUCGAGCUUGACCAUCAACACCACCAGCAUCCCCCUGGGAGGAGAGGUGAUGGAGGUCAUGGUCUACAGGAAGCGGGAACGCCGGAAGUACAGCCCCCUGACCACCGACAACACCGUCUUCUUCGUGACAGAUAAGAUCCCACUGGCGGUCAACAUCUCCCAGAAGUCUGCGGUCAACCAGUCCGCCAACGUCUUCUUCCGCGGGGAGGACGUGGUCUUCAAGGUCCAGCUCCACGACCCCAGCGGCUACCUGAAGAGCGCCGCCGCCAUCGACUACAUCUGGGACUUCAGAGACGGCAACCAGGUGGUGACGCACCGCGAGGUGACCACGCACGCCUACGGCACGCUGGGCACCAUGAGCGUCAAGCUGGUGGUGGAGGCGGCCUUCCCCGUGGAGUGCCCGCCCGCUUCGGCCACGCCGACCCCCAGAGGCCCCACGUCCGCCCCUCACACCGAGGCUCCGACAGCUCCACCUGUUACGCAUGCUGUUACCACCAGAAUGGAAACGACAGCAGUGUCGGUCAGCACCAGGCGGCCCCUUCCCUCUUCUUCUGCCGCCCCCACCACCGCGGGGCUGCCCUCCACAGAGCCCCUUCCCCCCACCGAGCCCCCCCCCACCAGCCUGCCGCUGCUCCGCGCCCGCCGCCCCAACGGCAACGAGUGUUUCCGCUACUCCUACGGGACCUUCACGGGCAACAUCACCAUCAUCGAACCGAAGAAACCUCUGAACGGCCAGCAGCCGGACAGCCGCAUUGUGGACGUGUCGGCCGCCAGAGUGACCAACACCGACGUCAGCUUCAGGGUGAAAUGCCUGGGCAGCAUCCCCACCUCGGCCUGCACCAUCGUGUCGGACCCCAGCUGCACUCACGUGCACAACAUCAUGUGCGACGACGUGCCGCCGCUGAGCGAGUGCGAGGUGCACCUGAGGAGGAGCUUCCUGGAGCCCGGCACCUACUGCGUGAACAUCACCCUGGAGAACUCCAGCAGCAUGGCGCUCGCCAGCACCACCAUCACCAUCAACAAGUCCCAGGAUGCACCUGCGCCAAAGACCUCUAACAGCACGGGCGUGGUUCUCUCUUCGAGCGUUAUUCUACUGGCCAUUUUUGCUUUCAUUGCCUAUCUGGUCUACAAGCGUCACAAGGUCUACCGGCCCAUCCGAAGGUCUCUGGCGGAGAACGCCUGCACCAACUCCGGGGCCCCCGGCCCCAUGGUCCGCCUGAAGGAGGCCCUCUUCCCCUCCAGCGAGGAGAGCCGCCACCUGCUGACCCAAAGGUGCCCCCUGUAGCUCAGCAAGAGCUGCAUCCCAGUUCUCUAAAGCUAACAGAAAAGUGCCAAAUCAGUAUCAAAAUUUAGUUUUAAGAAGUCGUACUAAUCUCUCUUUUGCAUCUCGAUUGAGUUGUUUGACACUGUUGGCUUACAGUUGAUCCAUAACAUGAUUUACAAAAGCUGUCCUAAUAGUGAUGGCAGCUUUCACCCUGAUGCCGUUGUACAACUGUCGCUGAGAACAGGGUUUUAGUCAUACCAGUUUUUGUUUUUAAAGAAAUAUUUUGACUUGUGCCAAAGAAUGCUUUGCAGCUAUUCCCAUGUUAACUAGAAGAUUUUUUAACAAAUUUCCACGAGCAAGGCAUGUUGUUCAGCUGAGUGCAUUGAUGUGAACGCUUAACUUUGGAGGUCAAGUAGUUUAAAUUGGUGGAAAUCUAAUAGGUGGAAACAGCAUCUCUAAUAAAGGUCGUCACUAACCACGUCUCGGUUGAUUUGUCUGUGCUCCUCAUGCCUUCACCAGCUUUGAUUGCAGGUUCUCGUAGCUGAUCAUUAGAUAAACACUUUGUUUACAUUUUAAAAAGCUACAGAAUAACAGUUUUCGUUCCUGAGGUUGAAGCUAUUAAAAUUAGUUCAUUUGAUGUCCCAGAAACCCAG